UCUGUGUAUUCCCUGCAGACUUUCAGGUCACUUUGGAGCCAUACUGUGCGUGGAUGCCUCCAACCCUCGCUGGAUGAUUCCAUCUUCGUGAUGAAAGGCUUAUCCGGCAGCCGCAGCCACCACCACGUGGUGACAUGUGACCCCUCUUUUGACUCCAUGGGUCACCACUUGGACCACAAGCCCUACCUCAUCAGCCAGAUCGACAACCCCCACCCGGUCGACCACUCUUACUACUCCCAGAGAAGCCCCUACCAGCCCGACUGUGUGGUGCCUUACGGGACCUUCCCCCGACGACACUACAGCUCUCAGCAUGAGCUGAAGGAUGAGACCGCUGUGGUUCCCUACACUGGGGGAGGGGUUCCAGCCAACAAGGGUCAACAGCGUCUCCCUGUCGCCCUGUUGGAUCAGUUUGACCGGCAGCUCCCAGUGCCUCGGGAUGGCUAUCACACACUGCAGUACAAGCGUGCCGCUGCUGCCUUGGAGCAACGGAGCGACAGCCCUGGCCGAAUCCGGCACCUGGUACACUCUGUUCAGAAGCUUUUCACAAAGUCCCACUCACUAGAGGGCCCGCACCAUGGUCACGGCCAUGGCAAGGGCAGCAUCAAUGGAGGCAAGGCCAGCCCCGACGGAGAACCCCCUGCUAUUCGGCACCGCAAGCGCAGCAAGAGCCGGGAGCGCUGCAAGUCGGCUGAACCCAAGAACAGGACGCCACCUUCUGGCUAUUGGAGCUCGGAUGAAUUGGAACGCGAGGCCUGCCUGUUUCACCAUGGACCACCGGGCGUCAUGACCAUGGGCCGUCACCCGGAUAAGUCGCAGUCGCAGUACUUCUUGGAAGCCUACAACACCAUCAAUGACCAGGCGCUUAAAAACUCCCGCAGCAGCAAUGAUUUGGGCAAGUGCACGACGUGCACAAGCAUCCCGCUGAGCGUGGACGCUUCACAGCUCGUGAAGAAGAGCUCGUGGUCGUCCUCUCUCACGGUGAGCAGAGCACGUCAAGUCUACCAGAAGCCCUCUGUAAAUGUAGAUAAGGCUCUAGUGAAAGCAGAGGCUUGUCAGCAGGAGCGCUCAUGCCAAUUCUUGCAGGUUCCUCAAGAUGAGUGGGGAGGCUUUCCACUGGGGAAAGAUGAGGAUAUCCCAUGCAGACGCAUGCGCAGCGGGAGUUACGUGAAAGCCAUGGCGGAGGAAGACAGCGGAGAUUCGGACGGCAGCCCUAAACCCUCUCCCAAGAUGCAGGCGCGACGGGCCAGCUACCUCAAAGCCACCCAGCCAUCGCUCACAGAGAUGACCACUCUAAA